UCUUCCGUCGUCGUCUUCUUUAGACAAAUUAAAGGGAGUACAAAAGAAACAGAGAAACGACAAGGAGAUGAGUACUUGACCCACAACCAGAAACAAAGCUGGAGGUAGUGGUGGUCUGGUGCUGGUGGUGAAUAAGAGAAGAUAAGUACGUCCAAUUCGCCGUCAUCGAAAGGCAACAAUGAGUUCAGAUCAUUCCUUGAUCCUGCUUCAACCUGCUCAUCAUGAAGAAGAAGAAGAAGAAGAAGAUCGCUCCAUCAUAAGGAGGCUCAAGUGGUGGCAAAGGGUGUUGGACAUGGAAGAAGCCAAGAAGCAAGUGCUGUUCUCGAUGCCCAUGAUCCUGACCAACCUUUUCUACUACGGGAUCCCCUUGGCCUCUGUCAUGUUCGCCGGCCACCUCGGCGAGCUCGAGCUCGCCGGCGCCACCCUUGCCAACUCCUGGGCCACCGUCACCGGCUUCGCCUUCAUGACCGGCUUGAGUGGAGCACUCGAAACUCUAUGCGGACAAGGAUUCGGCGCAAAGUUAUAUCGAAUAUUGGGAAUUCAUCUGCAAGCUUCCUGCAUUGUAUCAUUGUUCUUCUCCACCCUAAUCUCCAUAUUUUGGUUCUUCACCGAGCCUGUAUUGAUCCUGCUUCAUCAAGAUUCGCAAAUUUCGAAAACGGCAGCUGUCUACAUGAAAUUCCUCAUCCCAGGAAUUUUCGCGUAUGGGUUUCUGCAGAAUAUUCUGAGGUUCCUGCAGACGCAAAGUAUUGUAUUACCACUGGUGAUUUUCUCAGUCGUUCCGUUUGUUAUUCACAUAGGCAUUGCGUAUGCCUUGGUCCACUGUACAGUGCUUGGUUUCGUGGGAGCUUCUUUGGCGGCUUCAAUUUCUUUGUGGUUAUCAGUUCUUGUGUUGGCCAUUUACGUGACUUGUUCAAAGCAAUGCAAGAAUUCAUGGGAAGGAAUUUCGUUCGAGUCAUUCAGCUACAUCUUCACUAAUUUGAGAUUGGCCUUGCCUUCGGCCGCAAUGGUUUGCUUGGAAUAUUGGGCCUUCGAGAUUCUGGUUUUCCUAGCAGGACUAAUGAAGAACUCUGAAACAACUACUUCCUUGAUUGCAAUGUGUGUGAACACGGAAACUAUUGCUUACAUGAUUACAUACGGACUCAGUGCGGCGGCAAGCACAAGGGUGUCCAAUGAAUUGGGAGCGGGCAACGCUGGCCGAGCAAAGAACGCGAUGGCCGUGACACUUAAGCUCUCUAUCUUGCUAGCGGUAGCAUUUGUACUGGCUUUAGCCUUUGGACACAACAUUUGGGCAGGUCUAUUCAGCGAUAGCAGCUCAAUCAUAACCGAAUUUGGCUCGAUGACGCCCCUGCUUGCCAUCUCCAUCACACUUGAUUCUGUCCAAGGGGUCUUAUCUGGGGUGGCUCGGGGAUGCGGGUGGCAGCAUCUGGCCGUGUAUGUCAACUUGGCAACGUUUUUCUGCAUCGGGGUUCCGAUCGCAGUCCUUCUCGGGUUCGAGUUGAAGCUACAUGUCAAGGGUUUGUGGAUAGGCCUAAUCUGUGGUCUCUCCUCGCAAGCUGCCACACUUCUGGUGAUCACACUCCGGACAGAGUGGACCGGAUUGGAUCUGUCAGUCGACAUGGAUAAGGAAGAUCCUCGUAUCACAUAGUCAAACAUAUAUGGCCUUGCAAAUUGCCAAAACAGUCAUUUGUCUUCUUCCCUUACAUGAUUAGAGCAUCAUGGCCUAGCAAACGGCAUUUUCACUUGACUCGAACGUGUAUGUUAGAAGUAGAGAAACCAUUCGAAAUCCAUGCCCUAUGGUUAUGGGUAUGGGUAUCUGGUAUGCAAAAUAUGUUGGUCAAGUUGACAGAUUUUAAUGGAUUAGUGACAAUAAAAUGUCGAAGAAAAAUAAAAGGACAGAACGAGGUAUUAAUGAGUA